CUUCAACUUCUAACCCUCACCAAUACCACCACCAUUUCAAUCCCUAUAACUCCAUCAAAAAUGAUCACUGAUAAGAUGGUCAUCGAUGAAGUCCCCGGCUGGCUCCGCCUUUUCGACGACGGCUCCGUCGACCGUACUUGGACCGGCCCUCCUCAAGCUCUCUUCCAGAUGUCCUCCAUCCCUCCUUCACCCACUCCAAACUCCGACAACGUCACCGUUCAUGAUCUCCCCGGAGAUCCCAACCUCCGGUUUUACCUCCCCGCCAGCGAUCACCUCAGCCCUGGCACUCUCUUCCCAAUCCUCCUCCAUUUCCACGGCGGCGGUUUUUGCAUAACUCACAACACUUGGUACAUAUACCACCAAUUCUACUCUCGCCUCGCCGGAGCAAUCCCUGCAGCCAUUUUCUCCGUCGAGCUCUCUCUGGCACCAGAACAUCGGCUACCCGCCCAGAUCCAUGACUCUUUUUCCGCGCUUGUUCGUCUCCGAUCGAUAUCAGAAAACCAAAACUCUGACCCUCUCUUCUCAUCACUGGACUUCUCACGUGUCUUCCUCAUCGGAGACAGCUCCGGUGGAAACCUUGUCCAUGAGGUGGCAGCUCUCGCCGGCAAUGAAACAGAUGAGUUCUGGUCUCCGGUGAAGCUCGCCGGAGCUAUACCAAUCCACCCAGGGUUUGUCAGAGCAACACGGAGCAAGUCUGAGCUAGAAAUGGAGCAGAAUCCAGUGAUAACUCUGGACAUGCUUGAUAAGUUCAUGGCAUUAGCGUUGCCGGAGGGGGCAACCAAGGACCACCCUUACUCGUGUCCGAUGGGGACGGCGGCGCCGGCGAUGGAGGAGUUGAGAUUGCCUCCGUUCAUGGUGUGCGUUGCUGAUAAGGAUUUGGUCAGGGACACGAAUUAUGAGUACUGUGAAGCCAUGAAGAAGGCCGGGAAGAAGGUGGAGGUGCUGGUCAGUGAAGGUAUGAGCCAUUCGUUUUACUUGAAUAAGAUGGCUGUCGAUUCUGACCCUGUUAUUGCUCAGCGUACUAAAGAGCUCAUUGAUGCUAUUAAGGAUUUCGUUAGCCGUCAUUGAUGAAGAGUUUGAGCUUGAGCUUUGUUUUUUUUUUUUCUUUUGAAUAAAGGGUGAUGGGGGUUGUGACGUUGUUUCGUCACUGAUGUUUUCAAGUCAAAGUUUGUUACUGUUUGGAAUUUUAAUUUGAUGUUUAUGCUAAGAUCGACUAGAAAUUAAGAUGGCGAUGAUUGUCCGUCAUGGUCUCCUAAAUGUAUGAACUAUUUGAGAAAUCUAAUUUGU